CUAUUCCAACGACGUUGCCGAUUUAAAACCUUCUUCACCCAGUUCUAUACCUGUAAUAUCAUUCGAACCCAGCUUUUCUGCCACCACGACCUACCUUUUCUGCGCCUAGCGCACAAUCUUUUGUCACCACAAUGGAGGGAGGCGAUCGUGCUUCGAGCAUGGUGCUGGGGGCGGCGCUCGAGGAACGGCCAAAGUCAAAUGGCGUCAGGCUAAAAAGGGAAGAGGAUACGAGCGAGUCGGCUAGCUCCGACCCUCUCAAGCUCAACUCAAGAGCGUCCAGCAUGUCGCCUGACGAUGAAAAGUUUGCUGGCGACGGCAUUUCGACUCCCGAGGGUGGAAUGGCGCCGAAAGCCUCGCGCAAAAUGUCACAGAAGCCCGUCAGGAGCCCGCCUCCACUCUUCGACCAUUUCCCGGACGUCACACAGGAUGCGUGCAAGACGUUCCAAGUGAUCAACGAUUGUCUCUACGGCUCUAGAAACAUGGGGUCGUCGGAUCACGACGCGUUGGAUUGCGAUUGUGCUGAAGACUGGCACGACGAUCAGAAUCAUGCCUGCGGGGAGGAUUCGGACUGCAUCAACAGAGCGACAAAGAUUGAGUGCGUAAAUGGCGAUUGCAACUGCGGGGAGGGCUGCCAGAAUCAGCGGUUCCAGCGCAAGCAGUAUGCCAAAGUUUCCGUCAUCAAGACGGAGAAGAAGGGCUUCGGCCUGCGGGCGGAUGAGGACCUGCAACCCAAUGAUUUUAUCUACGAGUACAUUGGCGAGGUCAUCAACGAGCCCACGUUCCGCAGCCGCAUGCUCAAAUACGACAAUGAGGGCAUCAAACAUUUUUACUUCAUGUCGCUGACCAAGAACGAGUUCGUCGACGCAACCAAGAGAGGGAACCUGGGCAGGUUCUGCAACCACUCGUGCAAUCCUAAUUGCUACGUGGACAAGUGGGUGGUUGGGGAGAAACUCCGCAUGGGCAUUUUCGCUGCCCGCGCCAUCCGCGCUGGUGAGGAGCUGGUGUUCAAUUACAACGUUGACCGCUAUGGCGCUGACCCGCAGCCGUGCUACUGCGGCGAGCCAAACUGCGUCGGCUUCAUUGGUGGCAGGACGCAGACAGAACGCGCGACGAAACUGCCCUUGGCGACGAUUGAGGCUCUCGGCAUCGACGACAGCUGGGAUACGGCCGUCGCCAGGAAACCCCGCAAAAAGAAGGCCAACGAAGAUGACGAGGAAUAUGUCAGCAGCAUUCAGCCCAGUGCCCUCAACGAGGACGGCGUCAACAAGGUCAUGGCCACGCUCAUGCAGUGCAAAGAAAAAUGGAUCGCCGUCAAACUUCUUUCUCGUCUUCAGGCCACCGAGGAUGAACAUCUUCGCCAUAGAGUGGUGAAGAUGCACGGUUACCAGAUCUUGAAAAGCACUCUCAACACGUUCAAAGAUGAUACAAACGUUGUCUCGCAAAUCCUCGAUAUUCUCUACAAACUACCCCGGAUAACCAAGAACAAAAUUUCGGAUUCCAACAUUGAAGCAGCCGUGCAGCCGCUAACCGAGUCGCAACACGAAGGUGUUGCCUUCGCAGCGAAACGACUGCUCGAAGAAUGGAGCAAAUUGGAAACGGCCUACCGGAUCCCGCGCAAAAAGCAUGACCCCACAGCACCCAUCACCAUAAGUUCGUUUGAGGAAGAACGUCGAAACAAUCGCGACGAGCCCGCAAAGCCCGCGGACCCUCUUGCCAACAUGGUCAUCCCAACUGGCCCACGCAGCAACAUUCCGCAGCGGAAUACCAGCUAUUACAGCGGCCAAAGGCCACGGAAACUUCCAACCAACUUGCCCGCCGGGUGGUAUGUCACCACCGACAAGACCGGCAAGUAUUACUUCUACGAUGUAAAUGGCAAGACACAAUGGCAGCGCCCCACCGUCCCCGCCAUCGAGACCCCCAAGGCAUCAGCAAAGGCGCAGCAGGACCAGAAGGCUCUGCAGGACAUCAUCGACAGCCUAACCAAGGAGCCGACGCCGAGACAUUCGGCAAGUCAUACGCCGCAACGGUCGAGCACUCCGGCAGCCGAGUCCAAGAAGGAAAAGUGGCGUUCUCUGCCGAUCGAGAAACAAAUGAAGAUCUACGAGAACACACUCUUCUCCCAUGUCAAGCACGUGGUUGACAAGUUCCAUCGCAAGCUGCCGAAGGAAGAUUUGAAGAAGUUUGCGCGCGAGGUCAACAAGAAGCUUGUUGCGUCGGAUUACAAAAACAACCGAGUCAGCGACCCAACCACCAUAUCAUCCAAGCAGGCAAAGAAAGUCAAGCAGUAUGUGCAAGACUUCUUUGAAAAAGCCGUGGCUAAAUACACGGCGCACGAGAAGAAGAAGGCGCAGGUGAAUGCUGGGACGUCAGGAUCAGAUGAAGCUCCGAUGUCUACCACGACACCCGAAAAGGUUAACGUCGUCAUGUCGGAUGUUGAAGACGAAGCCGAUGACGACGGAAGCACCAGCAGUCUCUCGGGACGAAAACGAAAGCGCGAGGACGAGGUCGAGUCGCCCGAGCAGACUCCCUCCGAGACGCCGUCGGUAAAACGGAUCAAAGAGGACGAACAGGUCGCCGAUAUCCCAAGUCCCCCCACCCCGCCGCCUCCCCCGAUGGAUACCCCGCCCGUGACGGAGGAAGAACGGACGAGACGCGAACAGGAGGAGGCCCUAAUGCGUGAGAACGAGGAGGCGCAACGACUGGAAGAUGCAGCGCAGGCUCAGGAAAGCGAGAAGUAUCAGCAGCAGAACAGGCGAUCCGUGCUGGUGAAUGGUGCCGCUGGAGUCAAUGGCUCGGGAGAGCAAAUGGAUGUUGAUAAGCCGCCCAUGGACUGCGGCCAAGGGCAGAAACAGCAGGCGGUGCUCAGCCAUUAGGAGGACGAGGAGAUGCAGGGCCGCGCUAGCUCAUCGCGCGAUCACACAAUGAGAUGAAUUUUUUCCCCUUGCUUGUAGCGCAGAGGGGAGUUAUCAGAGCUGUAUACAAGGCACGGCGGGUAUUUAGAUACUUUUACUUUAGUUCUGCUAUGGAAGGUACCCGGAAUAUGCGAAAGGGACGAUACCCCUUUCUCUUUUUCUGAUCACUUCAUUGCGUCUCUCACAGCAUUUGGGUGUAUCUAGUCUCGCUUGGCUCAGCCAUUUUGCAUGACUUUCUUACU